AUGACGGCAGUUCACAGGAGACGAACAAGUUCUUGCGAGAACUCGUCCUCUAAGUUCUUUCACGAACUUGUCCUGUUUGCUUCCAGUGCUGCUCUGAGUUGGUUGUUGUUGCGGACCAGGCUCCGCAUACUUGACCCGAAUCUUGACGGCACCGUUAAGACAAAUCCUCCUCCUCCCGAGCAUAUACUUGAAGAUCGGAUUAGUGAGCUUCCAGAUGAAAUCCUUAGUCUUAUUCUAUCGUUUCUAACACUCAAAGAAGCUGGCAGAACAAGUAUUUUGUCGAAAAGAUGGAAGCAUGUGUGGAAAUAUGUUCCUGAUCUUGAUUUUAACGCAUUCACUACAUUAUGCGAGAUGGUAACUGGGGAGGAUUACUUGGACCGAAUAAUAAGGGAAAGACCCAAGUUUGUUAACUGGGUAAAUAAGGUGUUACAAUCCCAUCAGAUCCCGAUUUUGAAUAAGUUCAGAAUUUAUUGCGAUUUGCAUGAUUCCUUUCAUUCGGAAUUGAAUAAGUGGCUUGUACAUGCCUUUGAUAAGAGAGUUCAACAGCUUGAAAUAAACCUUUCACACCAUGGCCCAAUUUAUAACCUGUCAACCCACGGCCGACAUUGGGACACAAUCCGUAUCCACGAGAGUUAUGUUUUUAAUCCUACCAUUUUUGCGCAGAGAAGUUGGAAUUCUCUCAAAGAAUUGAUUUUGAAACGGGUCUUAGUUUCUGGGGUUACUGUUGAAUUCCUUCUGCACAAUUGCAAUAAUCUUGAAAGUUUGGGUGUGCAUGCCUCAGGUCAUUUAAGAUCUUUGAAAGUUUGUGGGCCAUCUAUUGCAUUACAACACUUGGAAAUUAACUUCUGCCCCUUAAAUACCGUCAUUAUAAGUGAUGUUAAUCUUAUCUCGCUUAAGAUUGGGAGGCAUAGAGCACUAGUGCUUAAGAACGUUCCGAAGCUUGUGCAUAUUGGCAUCCUCUCUUGUAGCUACGUCGUCAAGGAUUUUGUUUGCCAGUUUUCAUGCUACUUUUCAAAGCUCGUGGUUCUUUUCUUAUGUCUAGAUCCUAAUCAAGCUAGAGAGUUUGAUGUAAAACUACCUCAGCUACCUGCACUGAAGCAGCUAUCUCUAAAGUUUCUAUUACUUUUUAAAGAGAGCAUGCUUGGACUUACUUCAUUCUUUAGGGCAUCACCAAACUUGGAGAAGUUUGUAAUAAAGCCAGGAUACUCAUCUGCAGUAAGGACCAACAGAGAGCCAGAGAAUGUUGUAUAUUACCCAGUUCAACAUCUUAGAGUGGUUGAGAUAAUUGGAUAUCGAGGCCGUUCAAUUGAAUUGGACCUAGUCAAGUACUUUCUUGAAAGUGCUGUUUCUCUCAAGAAGAUAAUUGUUGAUCCAUGUUUUAAAGAGGUUGAACAUUGUGGAGAAAAUUGGUCUUGCGAUCUUGAGACACUCACUGUGGAAGCUGAGGUCACAAAUGCGGCUAGAAGGUGGGCUAAGCAGCAACUAGUGGGAUUGGUGCCUUCACACAUUACAUUACAGAUUCUUUAG